AUGGAUAACUUGGAACGACUGAAGAAGAUGCGAGCUUCCAGCCGAGCGACUGUGACGCGUAUCAUCAACGAUCUGAAGACUCUCAUAGCUACAUCGCCCCACGAUCCUGCUCAGCUUACUGCAAAGCUUACGUUUCUCGAAACAAAAGCAUCAACCUUGACUCAGCUCAACCAAGAGAUCCAGGCCCUUAUCGACGAAGCAUCUUUGGAAGCAGAAUGCGAGGCCUGCGAUCAGUACUCGGGAUCUAUUAUCACUAUCUCGGUUCAAGCUCGUGAAGCUCUGAACACCGCUCUCGGUGUGACGAGACUGGCAUCCGCUCAGGUCGGCGGUGCUCCACAGCCUUCGUCUGCUACAUCUCAAGGCGUGGGCCCCCCUGCAGACGGCAUCAAAUUGCCGAAGUUGCGGAUUGACUCCUUUUCUGGUGUGCUGUUUCAGUGGCAAGGUUUCUGGGAUCAGUUCCGUGUCAGUAUUCGUGAGAACCCCAGACUUUCUAACGUCAACAAGUUCAAAUAUUUGAUCUCACUUGUCACCGGACCCGCUGCUCGAGCGAUAGAGGGGCUAUCACUCAGGGACGAGAACUACGUUACGGCCGUCGAUAUCCUCAAGACACGGUUUGGCAAGACUGAGCUUUUGGUGAGCGACCACUUGGAUUCUUUGUUCGACUUGCCUCCUGUGAAGUCCAUUGACGAUGUCAGAAGUUUGAGAAAGUUCCAUGAGGCUGCUACGGUUCGAAAUCGGCAUCUUCAGAGUCUGGGUGUAUCACGAAGCAAAUAUUCGAUUACCAUUUUGCGGACAAUUCUUCGGAAGAUACCUCCACCACUUGAGUUGGAAUACUACAGAACCGAUGUGAACAGAACCGAUUCUGCAACCUCCUCCGCAGCCAUGUCGACGGCCGAUGAUCUGUCAUCACUUUUGGAUUUCCUUGAAAUAGAAAUUGAGUUUCGAGAACGGGUCCGCAGGCCGACAGCUUCGUCUAAGGAGGAUACUGCUGAUUGCCGCAAAACACCCCUUUACCCUCCUGCUGCUUCUUUAGCAGCCAGGGCGACGGAAGCGGUCUGUGUACUCUGCAAGUCUAACGAGCAUUCGCUAGCAGCUUGUACAGCCCCACUGAGCGCAGCAGACAAGAGCAGCUUAUUGCGUCGGGAAGGACGUUGCUUUCUGUGUGGCAAGCGGUCACAUUUGUCGAAGGAUUGUCGCGUCUGCUACCGACUUCGUUGCCAAAAUUGCAAUAGGCGGCAUCUCACACAGUUGUGUGUGGAGGGACUUUCUGCUUCGUCGUCCAAUGUCGCUGUUACUCCAGACAUAGUCACGACAUCACCUGCUGCGUCGUCGAGCGCUGCAGUGGUUCAGGACAUCGUCACGACCAUGUCCUCUGCCCCACAGGCUCCCAAAGUGCAGCCUGAACGCGAAAUUCUUUUGCAAACAGCAAAGAUAUGGGUACAGUGUGAGAAUGGCCAACGACGCCUGGUGCGAGUUCUGCUCGAUGGCGGCAGCCAGCGCAGUUUUAUCCGCAAGGAUAUCUCGGCCAAGAUUGGAUGCACUGCGUUGCGUACUGAGGACUUGCAUAUUCACACCCUUGGAAAUGUCGCCCCCUCCCGUAUUACAUAG